GUACUACGAGAGGGAGGUGGUCUCUUAGCGGGUGAGGCGGAGCCAAGAGUAGCCAAUCCUGGGGCUCGGGAGGUUGGGCUUCGCUCCUCCGGAACACGGUGUCGGGUUUGCGGAUCGCAGUAUCCGGUUGCUGCUUGCCCGCUUUGCCUCAUUCUCGGGCUUCGCCCGCCAGUGAUCGGUUUCACGCUGGAGAGAAAAGGCGUCAGUGUUGCCAUCCCUUCAACCCGAUGCCCGAGUGAUGACCAUGAGCCACGGAGGCGCGGACUCGCCGCCGCGUUCGGACCAACAACACAACCCUCAUCAUCAUCAUCAUCACAAUCAACAGCCGCCACCCGUGCUGUCGUCGUCCUUCUCCAUCGACUCCCUGAUGGCGUCGUCGGCGUCGACGCCACCGGGGGAGGUGGUGGUGGUGCCGGUGUAGUGGGCGGGGCCACUGUUGGAGGAGGAGGAGGAGGAGGAGGUGUGCCGGCGGCUGUCGGGUUCCGCCCAAUCGGUGCGGCGUCGCCCAAGUCUGGCACUGAGGAGUCGUUCCUGGCAUCGUCGCCUGAAAAUCUAGAUGUGAUUCACAUCCACAUUUUACAAAUUCUGCAAAACGCUCUGUACAAUACAUUUAAUUAUCUGAGCUUGACUGAACGGUCCCAGAUUGCUCACAACCUCAAGCUGAGUGAGGUGCAAGUGAAGAUCUGGUUCCAGAACCGGAGGGCCAAGUGGAAGCGGGUGAAAGCCGGGAUCCCCUCCGGGGGUCGCGGGCACCAUGGCUCCAGCCCCGGUGGCACCGGCUCCAAAAUCGUGGUGCCCAUUCCGGUGCACGUGAACCGGUUUGCUGUGCGGAGUCACCACCAGCAAUUUGAAAAGGCGCUGCAGCAACAGCACCACCACAACCAACACCACCACCCCCAUCCCCACCCUCACCACCAACACCAGCAGCAACAGCAGCAGCAGCAGCACCAUAACCACCACCUACCCCAUCUGGGUCCUCAUCAUGUGCCCAAAUUGGGCGCUGACCUGGGGCCUCUUGCUGCUUUGCACCAAGGCAAG